AUGAGGGUAAAAUAUAUUGGUAUUGAAUCAUGCAGGAUUAGAAUUGGAGAUACCGAUAAAUUUCGUGGUUGUGGUCUUGGUCUAGGUUGUGGAAUGAGUCAUAAAAUUGUUAGAUUAGUCGGUCAACUAGUCGGUCAAAAGACGGUCGGUCAGAAGUCUUUGACUGACAUCUGGGGCGGUUAA